UCCAAAACCCUGGUAGUGUGCUCCGUUGAGAUAAACCUGAGUGAGAGUGAGGCGAAGGGGGAGAAAGCUAAAACUAAAAAAUGUCAUCUUCUAAGCUCACACUGUACGGAAUCGGAACCGCACUCUUCCGCACCCGUAGAACUGCACCCGUAACUGUAACUCCCCACUCUCCCUUUCUCUUCUUCAAACCCAUUCCCUUCCCGCCGUGCUUCCUCCGCCCCGAUUCCUCUUCCUCCUCCUCCUUCUCCGCCGCCGCCGCCGCCGCAGAAACCCUACCCUCCGUCGACCACCCCUGGCCGGAAUGGGUCUCCUUCGUCGACCGCUUGAACACCAAAGGCUACCUCCCCAAAACCUCCUCUUCCGACGACACCGUAAGCCUUUACGCCAACAUGAACUCUCUCAAGGACGCUUGUCUCAGCUUCGCGCGUGACCGUUACGACCUUUUCAAUUUGCUGCCUACAAAUGAUAUCCAAGCAGUGGUUGAGGGUGGGUGCCCUAAUCUUCUCCGUAAAGCUGUUAAUUCAGCUAAGAGGCUGAGAGCACACCUGCAAUUAGAUGAAGGGGAUGUUUGUGGUGCUUGCUAUCUACGAAGCUCUUGUGAUAGAGCUUAUGUGAUUCUGAAGGAUUUUGAAACUGAUGCCCGAACUGUUGAUAUAGUUCGAAUACUUUUGUUCUACGCACUAGAUCCACUUGUGCUUUCUGGAGGAGACAAACCACCGGGCCGGGAAGUUAUUGAAUCAUCUGUCAGAAAACUUCUCUCUCAGCUAAUUGAGUUGAGUGAGUCCCCUGCUCCUGCCCCUGCUCCUGCUCGUUCAAAGCCUACUGCACAGGAUGGUGUGGUAGAAGGCCAAUCUCUAAGUGUUACGACUAAUCAAUUGUUUAAAGAUGUUGAGAUGAAGAAAGGUGACUGGAUGUGUCCAAAAUGCAAUUUCAUGAACUUUUCUAGAAAUACACAAUGCCUGAAUUGUAAGGAAGACAAGCCUAAGGAUAUUAACCCGUUUACUGUUCAAAUGAAGCCAGGAGAUUGGACCUGUCCUGAAUGCAAUUAUUUAAAUUUUGCCAGAAACAGACUAUGUCUAGAAUGCAAAAUAGAGGGGCCGGCGAAGGAAGCUAAUACCAUUGAAGUUGAAAGGAAAAAAGGAGAUUGGACUUGCCCACAAUGUGGGUUCAUGAAUUAUGCUAGGAACACGAAAUGUUUGCGUUGUCCUGAGACAAGGCCUAAGAAACAUCCUGGGGACUGGAAUUGUCCCGGGUGUGGGUUCAUGAAUUUUGCUAGUAAAAUGAAGUGUUUGCAUUGUCAAGAGCCAAACCCAAGUUCCAAGAAAUAUAGUGGGGAUUGGAGUUGCCCCAAAUGCGAUUUCUACAAUUAUGCAAGAAAUAUGGCUUGCCUGAAGUGCAAUGCUGAACGCCCUAAAGAACAACCAACCGUUGACUAUGAGGACCAUGAAUGGAGACGAUCAAACUGAUUAGGGGAAAAAACGCCAUCGGGCUAUAUCAUAUAGGGAGGUCACAAUUGUGCUGGUGGGCUGUAACAAAUAUUUUGUUAUUGAUGCAUUCUCUGCCCAUUUUUCUUUCUCAAUCUUCCAAUUAAUGGUGCUAAGUGCUUCUUCACUUAUUGGAAAUGGUACAAAAACGAUAAUUAGAGAUACUUUAAAGUUAUUUGAUUGCAUAUGAAUGUGUUUUAAUAUAAUCAUGUACAGAUCUAAAAGUAAAUUUACAGA